AUGCCGAUUGCCUUUGUAGGAGUUUCUGCGGUGCCGCCUUUGGCGAGGCAGAAGCAGAGGCUGGCAAGCAUGGACCCCUCUGUGUACGCGGUCUUUGAGGAGUGUCGGUACAAGAGCAUGGUUACCAUCUGCCAUCUGGCCCGAAUCAUAGAUGUUGCCAUGCGUGGGUCUGAUGAAUCGACACAGUUGCCCGCUUCGCAGUCGUGCGAAGACACAGGUCACUACGAUUGCGCCCUUCGGAGCGCAGCGAACGCAGAGAAGGAGGAGCCUGUCGGACGGCCAAUGGCGGAUGCCAUCAUCAGCCGUGGCAGCAAUGAAGAUCUACCCCUCUUCAUACCUUUGAUGGACGACAAUUCGGACGUCUCGUUGUGCUCCAUGUUGCACGUAGAGGCGGAGAGUAGCUGCAACGCGAGUGGUCUGGGGUACUUGUCCGAGAACGCCGCGAAGGAGCGAAGCAAGCAGAGCACAGACAUGAAGGCCACCUCCCACGCCGUUCCCGGAAACAGGGAGCGUGCCGUUUCUCUUUUUCCCCACCUCAACGGCCACUGGGAAUGCGGCAUCUUUGGCGGGAAACGGGUGUACAUCGAUACUGGUGGCUUGUACCUCGGCCGCGGUGCGACCGCGUUGGUUUACGAGGGGUGGAUGGUUGUCACGGACAUGAUGGACGGCAGCGAGGUGUGCCUCGCCAAGGUUCCGGUCGCAAUCAAGGAGGUUACUUACAAUGCGAAAGAUAAAAGACUUCGCGACUUGUACGAGCUGGCGGUGAAUCUGCGCUUGAAUAUGGUACAUCCUGGAAUAGUGCACAGCCACUACGCAGGCAUGUACUUGCCACACCUAGCUGGGUUCCGCGAUGCAGAGAAGGCGAUGGUGUACGCGCACCUGGUGUUGGCGCGCAGUGUCACAGGGAGUGUUGCAGAUGUGCUGAAGCGCAGUGGCCCACUUCCAGAGUCGGAAAUCAAACGGUGCAUGGCAGAGAUACUGUCGGCACUCCAGUGCGUUCACGAGGACCACAACUGCGUCCACAACGACGUAAAACCACACAACAUUCUCAUCUUCGACGACUCCAGUGCCUACUACGCUGAGUUCAAGUAUCAAAUCAUUGACUUGACCGAUACUGCCCCAGCUACACCCAUCGCAGACGUUCUGCGGGAUCUUGCCGCCGAAAGGAAACCGCAACAGAAUAUUUUCUCGGAGAGGGGUACGGUUAUGUACAUGUCCCCAGAGAGCUGCCUGGGGCUGGGGACACUAACAAGCAACGAUGUAUGGUCGCUCGGCAUCACGGCGUUCCACAUGGCAACGGGGACGCUGCCUUGGAGGCCACUGGAGCGGCAGUAUCCCAGUAUGAUCCUGAACGGGUACCGUCGAAAGUUCACAUUGCGGAGUCUAGUCGACAUGCACGUCAACGACGCAUAUGAAGCUUCUGGUUCUUGUUACCCGACUGGGACGGACAGCCCUCUGGAUGCCGACAGCGAUGGUAAGCUGUGUGCCAGAUUUCACACCAGCAGCGCUCCUGGCUCGAGGGCCACCGGUGGUGCCAGUUGUACAAGCCAAGUGUUCCGCGACCAGUACAAGGGGUUUGGGCCAAUCCUUGACAUACUGGACGAGGUGAGCGUCUCAAGUGAAUUCCGUAGCUUUUUGGAGCAGUGUCUCACUGAGAACCCAGUCAAGCGCCCAACGUGCCGCCAACUGAGAAGCCAUCCAUUUGUGAAGGAUGUGAUGGUGGCGUCGCAACACUGA